AUGGUACUUUUUUCACAACAAGCAGUUUGCGUCAUUUUCUCGGUUCUUCUUUCGAUUGCUCUUCAAUCAGCUCACGCAUUUCUCAUACAGUGUGAAUGUCAGUGUAUACCAGACUAUUGCUCAAAGACAGUACCACGGCAGUAUUGUCCUUGUGCUACUGCGGAUACCGUGUAUCAAGGUGUUCCAUGCAAUCCAACAAUUAGCUCAGCUCCAUCAAACAUUAUUAUCUACGGUUCCACUCAGCAGCAACAACAACAACAAUUUACUUAUCCUGUCGUUAUCACUCAACAAAAUCCCUUCUAUCCACAAAUAACUUAUCCUCAGCAAACGCCUUUGCUCACGAAUUCAAAUCCAUUUUAUAUAACCAUUUCCCAACAACCCUCCAACUCGAUUAAUACAGUAAAUCUCGGUUCACUUGGAAUAUUAAACAGUUACCAACAACAACAACAACAAUUUACCACCGGUACAGUAACACUGAGAAUACCACAAGAGAUUCUCAACUACUGUCAACCGAAACAGAAUCCAUGUCCUCUUGGUGAACCAAACGUGCAGGUGGUUGACAACUGUACCAAUUACCCGAACACACAAAGUAUCCGCUGUAUAACAGUCGAUGAGAUUCGUCGCUUAUUCAUUUGUGUGUGA